ACGCGUAACGACGGCUGCCGACGAUCGAUUUGGAUGACCGGAUCAGAUAGAACAUUCCGCCGACGGAUCGUCAUUAUUCUCUUCAGAUGCCAAUCCAACGCUUUUUAUAAUUCUGCACCGAAUCGCCAACUCCCACAAUAAAUGAAUGGAUUUAUCGACCCUUUUACUUUUACCUGCCACAGAGAGAGAACUAACCUCAGUAGCCACUAAUCAGAGCAGAGAAGCGAAAGAAAAAACAGAAGAUUGAUCAUAUACAUCAUUUUCGUUUCCUUUUGAAGCUCCCCACCUUCCCUUAUAUUCUUCUAUCUACCUUGAAAGCUCCGACUCCGAGCAUGUUGAGAUUCAACGCCGUUAGAACGACAGAAGCUUUGUUUAAUUUACCCGAUAUCGAUUGAAUCCUCUGUGUUCUCUCUCAAGUUCCUUUCGUAUUUGUUUUCGAAUCCCCAAUUCCCUCAAUUCCCCCAGUUCCCCCAAUUUCCAAUUCUUCGGAAAUUAACCUUCUCUUUCUGCACCUAAGAGAUUGAUUUUCUCCGAUGGGAGGCGAAGCAGCACUCGCUCCUGGUUUCCGAUUCCACCCUACCGACGAAGAACUCGUGAGUUACUACCUGAAGCGCAAGGUAUUGGGAAAGCCCUUUCGCUUCGACGCCAUCUCCGAAAUCGAUGUUUACAAAUCCGAGCCUUGGGAUCUUCCAGGUCUGUCGAAGCUGAAGACCAGAGACCUGCAAUGGUACUUCUUUGGUGCCCUCGAUAAGAAAUAUGGUAAUGGGUCAAGGACGAAUCGCGCGACGGACCAGGGGUAUUGGAAGACCACCGGUAAAGACCGACCUGUCCGACGGAAUAACCGGACGGUCGGGAUGAAAAAGACCCUUGUUUACCAUAUUGGGCGGGCUCCUCGUGGAGAGCGGACCAAUUGGGUCAUGCAUGAGUACAGACUCGUUGACGAAGAAUUGGAGCGAGCGGGAGUUCAACAGGAUGCAUAUGUGCUAUGUAGAAUUUUUCAGAAGAGCGGUUCAGGGCCCAAGAAUGGAGAGCAGUACGGGGCGCCAUUUAUUGAGGAGGAGUGGGAUGAUAAUGAGAAUAUGUUGGUUCCACAGGGUGAGAUUGGGGACUUUGCAUUGCUUAAUGGUGGGGAUGAUAUAUACUACAAUGAUAACAUUGAACAGCAGGAUCCUGGCAUUGGGCCAUCUGAAAAUGUUUCUGCUCCAUUGAGCGUCUACACAGGAAAUAAUUUCGAUUAUUUAGAAGAAUCUGGGGACGUUAAAGAUGAUCAUAAGCUCUUCAUUGGCAUGGGCAGGAGGGAUAAUAUGCUAGAGUUGCCUGAUGACCAAAGAUUCAUUGACUUGCCAGAAGAGUACCAGACGGACCCAACACCUGUCAAAGAUGAUUAUUUUGUUGAACUGGAUGAUCUUGUAAAUUCUGUUGAUGAUGGUUACCAUGGUGAUGACCCUGUUAAUGAGGAGUUGAGGUUCUUUAAUGCUUCUGAUAGCCUACCGGCUAAUGAUGGGUCAUUCAUAGAGAUUAAUGAUCUCCGAAAUCCAUCAAAGGCUGAUCCAUCAGGUUUUGAAAUGCUUGAUGAAUACCUUGUAUACUUUGAUGCCACUGAGAAUGAUCCUCAGUCUUCUAUGUUGGACCAAUCAGUGCUCAGCCAGGAGGUGAAACAAGAACUUGUUGAAGAACCUCUUAGACCCAAGUCCAUGACACAAGGUAGUGAUGGUGCAUCCUCUUCAAAGCAACCAGAGACGACACAAUUCACACCAGAUGUCCAAUACGAUGAGGGUUGGGACAGUAACAUUGUCAAACGUGUUAGCCGCAUGUUGGGUUCCAUCCAUGCACCUCCUGCAUUUGCUGCAGAGUUCCCGGUGAAAGAAGCAGCUAUUGGGCAGAAUUCAUCAGCUGAAGCUUCUAAUCCUGUUCAUGUUACUGCUGGGAUGAUACGAAUAAGUGGCAUGACAAUAAGAAGUGCCGGAAAUUAUUCUUCAUUUGGGAAGAAUAAUGUGGAUCUUCUCCUUUCUUAUGGCAUGACACGGGGUGAUAUGAUAGCGGCCAAACAGUUAAUCGGCGGUACUGCUGCCACGGAUCCAAUGGCUAACAUACUAUCUGGGAAGGCAGGGUCAGUGAUGAUACAUGGUGGUUUCUAUUUCAUUUUCUUUUGGGUCCUUAUUCUCUCGGUGAGCUUCAAAAUUGCAAGCUAUAUUUAUACCAGGUAGUAAUUUAUCAACCUUGAUAAAACAAACAGUCAGAAUCCCCACCAGCCCCCCCAAAAAAUAAAGGGUCGGGGCGGGGACCAUAAAUUUCAAGAAAGUGUUGCAGGAGCAGGACUAAGGCUAUUGGUAGGAUUUGAAGCAAAAGAACAUUUGAAACGUGAAAUGACUUCUCUUUUCAUCUGCAAGCCUUGUAUUCAUUCAUAACCAACAUGAAACCCGUGCGGGUAUGUUGUUUUGUCCAAGAUUACUGUUUAACUGCCUUGUGGUUCACGUGGAUACCCCUUGUAUUUCUUCAAUCAAACUCUUAUUCAUCCAAAUUCAAACUGUUAUUCAUCUAAAUUCAUGUGGGUUUCUGAUUGGUUAAAGUUUUCAGGGACCAUACCUCUCUGACUAUAUUUAUAUUAUAUGCCAGAGAAGAGAGUACCGACUACCAAUUACCAUGUAAAUAGUCAGAAUCCAGACAUAGGACAUACUCCCAAGGCCAUCCAUGUCUUGGUUCGUAUCUUACCCACUUUUUGGUAUGGUUAUUGUUUUGUCAUAUUGUAGUAUGGUUUAUGAUUGUCACAAUCUCACUGCGAAAUUGGAGUGGCAUUUGCGAUUAAGUACUUUAUAUUGUA